UAGUCUUUUUAUUUAGACUCUCAAAAAUCAGAAUUCCCAAAUUGAAGAAACCCUUUCUCCUUCCCCACCGCCGAUUUCUGCACAUCCACCGAUCCUCUACUGGCGCCGCUCGCCAUUCUCAUUUCUUCUCCUCGGCUGUCGUCUACUGAUCAGCAUCUCCACUGCUCGUCCCACCGCGCUUCAGCUACAUUGCAGAUCAAUUUAGAGAGAAUUUGGGGAUCAAGAUGGAAUGCGUGGUGCAGGGAAUUAUAGAGACUAAGCAUGUUGAAGCCCUGGAAAUUCUUCUUCAAGGACUUUGUGGCGUUCACCGAGAGAGUUUAGAGGUUCAUGAAUUGUGCUUGAAAAGUGUACCGAACCUAGGAUUGGUAUCAUCAGAAGUCCGACUUCUAUGUGACCUUGCGAAGCCUGAACCCACAUGGACUGUCCGACACAUUGGUGGUGCUAUGAGGGGUGCUGGCGCUGAGCAAAUUUCGGUGCUUGUAAGGACUAUGGCAGAAAGUAAAGUAAGCAAAAAUGCUCUCCGCUUAUUCUAUGCUCUUGGAUACAAAUUAGACCAUGAGCUGCUGAGAGUAGGAUUUUCCUUCCAAUUCCAAAGAGGUACUCAGAUAACAGUGGCAGUAUCCUGUGUAAAUAAGAUGCCGAAACUUCAUGCAACUGACGAUGCUGUGCCUGUUACACCUGGUAUCCAGCUGGUUGAAGUAACAGCCCCUGCAUCAUCAGAGAACUAUACUGAGAUUGUUGCGGCUGUAUCAUCUUUUUGUGAAUACCUAGCACCACUGCUCCAUCUAUCAAAACCUGGUGUAUCAACUGGAGUUGUUCCCACAGCUGCUGCAGCGGCUGCGUCUCUAAUGUCAGAUGGCGGAGGCACAACGCUGUAAUGGAGUUAAGUUGGAGCUUACAAGGGUAAGCGUCUUUUCAAUUAAGUUACGCUUCUUCAUCGCCUUCAUGACACGUUUCGCUUGCUCUUAUGUCAACUCCAAAAACAACGGAACGCAGCAAAAGGGUGUUUGCUCUUAAUGUCAAAUCUGAAAACAACAAAGGGUAUAGUCGACGCUGUUCAGACUUCAGCGUGAGGCGACGCUUUGACUAGAGGAAGUCUAGUAAUUCAUCACAUUUAAGUUAAAUUGACAUUUUUAUUUUUAUUUUUAUUUUUAUUUUAUUUUUUUUGUACUGGCCAACGUGAGGGAGCUUAUAAGCAGAUGUCCAUGGUAUUAAAAAAAAUUCUUUCUGGUUUUA